AUGACAAAAGUAAAUCAUCGGACGUCAUUGUCGCCAUCGUUUGCACGUAAACGAAAUUUGCCAACACCUCCUCCUUCUGUUUCCGAUAUAAAUGAUUCGUCAUCCUGUUCAUCGACUUCAUCAUCUUCCUAUUCGACGACAUUAAAUCCGAGUGAUAAUAAUACAGUAACAUCGUGUGAUUUAUUAAAUAUUUUAACUGAUGUACGUUUUCAUCCUGUAUUCCAAGCUAUCGAUGAAAUAAAACGACGUAAAUGUCGUCCCGAUCUUGAACGUAUACUUAAAUAUGUUUCGAAACGUUCGACAACAAAAAAUCUAACAGAACAACGUAACGAAAUCCUCUCGAUACUUGAGGAAUUACUUAAAUAUGGACUUAUAACAAAAGUAUUUCACAAAGGUGGUUUUACAAUACGUAUUAAAGAUGAAAAAUAUGCGAAAUUAAUUGAAAAUUUAAAUCUAUGUUGUAAUCAAAAGUCCUCAGCAACUACGUCCGUUACUUCUGAUGAAUCUAUAACUAGUGAACUUGUUGAUCAAUCAUGGUCAUUUGUGAAACCAUCUAUGUCGAAUGCAAAUGAAAUUGUACAUCAUAAACGUGAAACACCAUCACCCGAAUUUGCCGUAUAUAAACCUGAAUCUAUCCCUGAAAAAUGUCAAAUGACCAAAGAAAAUAAUCUCAUGUCAAAUAAAAGACGAAAUCGAAGUCAAACAUGUUCAGCAACAAAUAAAACUAAAAAGUCUCGAAUAGAAAGUAUAUCCAAUCCGGUUGAACAUAUAGUACGUAAGCCGUUAGUUACGAAUAAUAAUUUACCACCGGUAACAAUUGAACAAUUACUUGGAUUACGUGGUGAUAUACCUGAUGUUCAUAAUUGGACAACAAAUGAUUUAAUUAACUUUUUUCAUCAGCAAGGAUAUGAAUAUGCUUCGAUUGUUCUUAAUCAACAUCAUAUUAAUGGAAAUAAAUUAUAUGAAUUAAAGCGUGAACAAGUUUUUCAUUUAUCAACACUUAAAAUUGGUAAAGCACUUAAAUUAUGGAAUGUGAUUGAACAAAUACAACGAAAUAAUAUUUCGUCCUCGUCUUAA